CGCCGUGAUAAUAUACUUGCAGCAAGCGCUGGCUUCGUGCUUUCCAAUCAACUCCUCUCUUCCGUACUGUAGACGAUCGUGUCAUAUGGGUAGCCUAUUUGAUGUGGCGGACUCGGUGUUUCAAAGCAAGAACGCUACUUUCAUCGACACUACCCCGUCAGCUGGCCCGCACUCGACUUACCACUCGGACGACAUGCCCACGCUGUUCUUGCUCGAUGAAACCCUCAAGCAAAUUCAACACUCGCGGGCGAACAGUGCCCUGUGCUACAGCCACCACCCCGUUGUCACAGACUCCAAACCAGAGCCUUGGAAAUACAAGUCCGAGACGACGGAGUUGCAGCCAAAGCACUCGGAACGGCUCCAUCAUGACCAUCACAAUCCCCUCCGACGGGUGUUUUCCGGUCUCUUGGCACCUUCGAACCAGCCCCCAGAGCAAGGCGAUUCGUCACAGGAACCACCAAGCAAACUCCUGUUGCCGACUGUAGCUAGUAUUCCAAGCAAUCAAACCACAGUCGACACUUCACCUCCUUCCGUUCUGACGACGCACGAAUCAGAUGCCACUGCACGGAAUGUGCUAAAAGCGGUCGCCGACGAUAUCGAGGCCUUUGAACGACACCGAUUUCGAGACUCUACGAUUGUACAUCCGAAGCAGUUGGCAGACUACAUUGACGCCAAGUACACCCGUGGCAUCUUGGGGUCGGUGGCGGCGUCGCCGUUUGUUAUGUUGGCUCGGAAGAAGGUUGCGAUGCGCGUUCAAGACUUGCGCCAACAAAAAGCAUUGCCCCCCACUGUUCCUCUAGAGUCGUCCAAUCAGUGUCCAGUGCAAUCGCUGGCUGAUUUCGGCGACGACAUACGUGGCACUCUGAGCAUGCUUGCUGUCCAAGGGCCGGAAAAGGGGCUGCCAUCAAAGCCACCACCACCGUUUGUUGGACCCACCCCAGAACCUCCGCCAGAAGCCCGAACAUCCUAUCAUCCACAACAACCAACGGCACAAGCGGCCAUUCUCGCCAAACUCAUGAAGCUUCCCCGCAGUCAGAUGGACAAAUUGCCCAAAGCCCACCGCGAACUCGUAGAGUUUUCAAAAAAGUAUCACCAGGCACUGGACCUACCCCCCGACAAAGUUGCUGCCCUGCCGCCGCAUCAGCAGAAAAUGCUCCACGAGUUGCGCGCCAAAGCUCAGCAGGCCUCCCAAUGAUAUAUAUCAAUCUCCACCAACUUGUUUUGAAUACUAUUUACUGUUCAUAAGCUA